AUGGACAGCGCACCUCGUACCGGCGACAAGAGGGGCCCAGUCGGGGCAGGAGACAUCAAGGUGAGCUUAUCGCAACUCUACGACGGCCUGCGCCGUGCCCACGAGGCGCUCAAGCUCAAGUGCGACCGCGUCUUUCCCUGUACGGCCUGCCGCAAGCGCGACUGCGCCGACAUCUGCCCGAUUGGCACGGCCAAGCCUCCUGGUCGUGCCGUCCGCAUCGCCGCCGAGUUUAGCGCGCUCCUGCGCCGAGUCGAGCAGCUCGAGUCGACCAUCCGCGACCUCGGCGCCGAGGACCGGAUCCCGCCGCCGCUCAACCUCGAGGAGGCGACCAAGCGCUCGACGACCGUCACCAAGGCGCUCCAGGCCGAGAUUGCCCAGCCGCGCGAGGACUCGAGUCAAGAUUACGAGGAGCAGGGCUCGGACGGCGAGGAGGGAGCAGAGCAAAUGGCGGGCGACGCCGCAGUCGAGUCGGUCCUCGUCGGCGUCGGGUCGCUCAGCAUCGCCGACAGUGGGCGCACCCGGUUCCUCGGCACGUCAGCUGGUUCGGCCUACUACUACGACGAGAACGCCGAGCAGGACGACAGCGACCACAGCUCGCUCGCCGACGAGCCGACCGCACUCGGCGACGGCAUCACGCGCUUCCCGUACAUCCAGCUCGGCAACGCGUACCCGAAGGCGUCAGAGCUCGAACGACUGCGCGGGUACCUCCCCGACGAGGCCGAGGGACGCCGACUUGCCGAGAACUAUUGGAAGUACCUGUCGUUCCAGUUCACGCCGCUCGAGGAGCAAGUCUUCUACGAGGACUACCUCGUCGCCGCCUACUCGCCCCACGACCCGCACGGCGCCAAGCUCGCCGCCGUCUUCAUCAUCCUGUCGCUCGGCAGCGUCUUUGACCCGUCGGCCCCGGCCACGCCCAACGCCAACGCGCACCAGUACUUCGUCCUCGCGCACAACACGCUGGCUGCGUCGCGUUUCCUCGCCAACUCGACCCUCGCCGGCGUGCAGACGCUUCAGCUCAGCGCCAACUUCCUGCUCAACAGCCACGACUUUCACCAAGGCGCCGAGACGUUCUGGCCCAUCCUCGGCAUGGCGAGCCGCAUGCUCGUCACGCAGGGCCUGCACCGCGACGGGUCGAGCUUCGGCCUCACCGGCGUCGAGCUCAACCGCCGCCGGCGCGUCUUCUACGAGCUCAUCACGCUCGAGCGCAUGCAGGCGUUCAUCAGCGGGCGCCCGUACACGCUCCAGGCCGCCCACUUCGACACCCAGAUGCCCGCCGACGCCGACGGCUACCAGCGCCAGAAGUGGCGGAUCGGGACGCUCAUCGGUCGCGUCAUCGACCGGGCGUUCUCGGUCGCGACACCGUCGUACUCGACCAUCCUCGGGCUCGACCAGGAGCUGCGCGAGCUCGUCAAGGAGACGCCGGCCGAGUGGCGGUCGGGCGCGCUCCCCGCCGACGCGUUCGUGACCAAGCCGUCGGGCAUUCCUCAAUUGCCGCCGACGCCCGAGCCGCACGAGCACGAGUACGACCUUGUCUUUGUCAUGCGGGCGCACACGCUCGACGCCAUGUUCUCCCAGGUCCUCUUCUACCUGCACAAGCCGGCGUUCGCGCAGGCGCUCCUCAAGAACUCGGACGAGCCGCUCAAGUCGCCAUGGGCGGCAAGCGUCGCCGCCGUCUCGCUCGAGACGGCCGUCUACUUGCUCGCGGUCGCCAAGUCGUGGACGAGGCUACACCCGAUCUGCGCGCGGUGGUGGCACAUCUUCUUCCACACCUACGCCUGCUCGGUCGCUCAGGCGAGCCUCGUCAUCAAGAGCCCUCGGUCGAUGCUCGCGCCGCACGCCUGGUCGCAGCUCAACGAGGCGGUCGCCAUCUUCGAGAGCGCGGGCGCCGGCGGCGCACCCGUCGCGUCGUUCGUCCCGCGCCUGCACGUCCUGCGCGAGAAGGCCUACCUGUCGCUCCAGAACGUCAUCUCGGUGCCGCUCGGGCUCGGCGCCGGUCGGCCGGGCGAGGACAUGGGCGACGCGCUCGCCGAGGGCACCGACGCGAGCCGGUUCAUCCUUGGGCCGCCGACUCGGCUCGAGCGCAAGCCGCGCAAGAAGGCGGCCGUCGGCGUCGUCAGCGGCGCUCGAAGCUCGCCGGCGAGCGAGGGCCUGUCGCCCGAGGGCCCAUCGCCGAGCGCCGUCCUCGCCCACAUGCUCGGCGGCGCGCCGGCUCUCUCGGCGCAGGCUCCUCCCGUCACCAUGUUCCCGCCGCGACCGAGCGAGGCGUACCACCCGCUCGACUCGCCCAUCCUGCGCCGUCCCCCGCCACAGCAGCACCAGCAGCAGCACCCGCUGCCGCCGCCGCCGCCGUCGCAUCAGCAGCCACCCACGCCGCCGCAGCAGGUCUCGGCGCAGACGGCCGCUGCCAUGUACCUCUCGGCGCACCACCACCCGGCGCAGCAGAGCGCGUACUCGCCGCAGCCGCAGCCGCAGCCGCAGCAGAUGUCGUACCGCCAAAUGCCGCUCGGCCAGCCGGCCCACGCCCACCGCCCGCCUUCCUCCGCACACGCUCCUCAACUUCCCUCGGCGCCGCAACCAUAUCCUCCUCCCCAGAAUCACUACCUCGCCGGCCACGUCGCGCAAGAUCCCGGUCAAGGUCCGCCCAACUACGCCUCGCCGCCAGGCCGAGCCGAGUACGGCGCGGCGCCGAGCCCGCUCUUCAACCUCGUCAGCUUUGCGACCGACUUUCCGCUGCAGCAGGGCGGUGCAGCGCCGGUGGUCGGCGAGGCAGGUGGGGGAGAGAGGCGUGGGUUUGGGUCGGUCGAGGCGGGCGAGGAGCAGCAGCUCGCCGGCAUGGACGGCUCGCAAGGAGGCGAGCAUUGGCCGCACUGGCUCGACUCGCUCGGGGCGGGCAGUGCAGGCUUGCCGUCGCCGCUCGAUUUCAGUCGCUUUUCGUGAUGCAGCGCAGCGCAUUCUCUCG